CUUUGUGACAAUGUUCAUUGUCGAUAUUUCACUGGAGCUGCCUUCGGUACGAGAGCGCAGCCGAGAGCCUCUCAGCACUGGCUGCACGAGGCUUUGCAGCUCCAGCUCCUCGUUCCCGUGCUCCUAAAGCUUUGCAAAGGCUCGUAACAUCCACGAGGAAUGUAUGUUCUAUAUUUUUUUAAUUUAUCUAACCUCUUAGUUUUUUGUUCAGAAGCAAUUCAGGAGACUUCUCGCAUGCUGGAAAAACGCAACAAAGAAAAAGAUCAAACAAAGGAGAAUCCAGCGUUGUGUAGUUGAUGUUCCUUCGGGGAUAUUCUCAUGAUAUCGACCGGAGAGGAGACGGACGGGGUUUUGUAUUGACUCUUGGAGAGCGAGAGAAAGGAGGCUCCGGGAGCUGAAGGGAAAAGAGAACAACGCUCCUCUGGAUGCUGCCUUUGAUUUGCGAGCAGAACAAGGGACGUUAGACGAAGCGGCGGACCUGCUUUCCACGGUUCCUCCUCCCGCUCGCCACCCGCUUCAUUCUCGGCUCCGCUCGCCGUGUCUCCCCGCUUCUUUGACCACAGGUUAUCGGAUGGACCAGCAUCCCAGCGCCCGGAGCUGCACCAGCCGCGGGGCUUCGUCCUGCGAGGCCGUCCCGACUGAACCCUCCAUGAAUCUGUACAUCCACUCCACCACCGGCACACGCUUCGAGCUCUCCCUGCCCCUGGAGGAGACCGUGGAGGGACUGAAGAGGAGGCUGUCGCAAAGACUCAAAGUACCAAAAGAAAGACUUGCUUUGCUUCACAAAGAAACGCGACUAAGUUCAGGCAAACUUCAGGAUCUAGGCAUCUCUGAUGGGAGCAAGUUAACACUUGUACCAACAGUCGAAGCAGGAUUAAUGUCGCAAGCAUCAAGACCAGAACAGUCAGUAAUGCAAGCUUUGGAAAGUCUAACAGAAACUCAGGUCAGUGACUUCCUGUCUGGCCGCUCACCGCUUACCUUAGCGCUUCGUGUAGGUGAUCACAUGAUGUUCGUCCAGCUUCAGCUGGCAGCACAGCAGUCUGGGGGACCUCAGCUCCAACAUCGGCACCUCAUCACUCGGGGCAAUGCAGAGGCUGCCAUAGGCCAGCCCGCAGCGCAGCCCCGCAUCCCCCCUUCCCACCCACACUCCCAUCAUCACCCCCACCAUUCGCACAGUCACCCCAGCUCCCACUUGUCACAGCCUCACCCAGUGCCAUCCUCCCCCUCUUCCCCAGCUUCACCUUCCUUCCCUCUGCCCUCCACACACCACCAACCACUCGCCCCCAUGUACAUUCAGUCACCUUCCACUUCCUCCUCCCCUCACUGUAGCCCUCCUACUCCUCCUCCACCACCUCACUCCCCUCGUCCGUCACACAUCCCAGGGGGCAUUUUCCGCUCUCCUGUGCAUCACCACCAUCAUCACCAUCACUACCAUCAGCCUUCCUCAGGCCAGCCCAGCCAUGACGUGAGCCAGGUCAGCCCCGUAGCUCCAGUCCUCUGUCCUGAGGCAAACUGCAACACCAACAGCAGCAACAGCCCCAGCAGUGGCAGCAGUCCCUCUACACGCUCCCGCAAACCUGGUGCCAUCAUUGAGAGCUUUGUCAACCAUGCUCCCGGAGUUUUCUCAGGGACCUUUUCAGGCACUUUGCACCCUAACUGCCAGGAUAGCAAUGGGCGUCCCCGACGAGACAUUGGUACCAUUCUACAGAUCCUCAAUGACCUCUUGAGUGCUACACGCCACUACCAGGGCAUGCCGCCCUCCCUCACCCAGCUUCGCUACCAGACCCAGUGCGGUUCGCCCACCUCCCCUUCCCCCUCGCCACCCCCCUCGCCCCCAGUUGCUGCUGUAACAGGCCUCUCUGCCAAAGCUACCUCCGUGCCCACAGGCAGCCCCAGCAGACCUCCACCGACUCUUCAUCCACUGGUGCAGUGCCAGAGCCAGAUCCGCAUGUGCAAACCCCCUGGUGACCGCAUUCGCCAGACCGAGAACCGUGCAACUCGCUGUAAGGUGGAACGUCUGCAGCUGUUGAUGCAGCAGAAGCGUCUGCGCAGGAAGGCCCGGCGGGACCAACGUGCUCCUUAUCAAUGGCUGCCAAACCGCAAGGCCGGUCGCAGCAACAGCAACAGCAGCAUGUCCAGCGAGGGUUCCCUGGACCUGGACUUUGACGAUUCAGUGUGGAAGCCUGAUGUCAAGGCCGACUUGAAGUCCGAGUUUGUCAUGGCCUGAGCAAUCUGCUCUGAUACACAGAUUCAAACAUGCAAACGUUGCUUGGGAUUUACUUGUAGAGCUGUUGGGAGGGAGUGGAUUGGCAGGAGGUCAUACAUGACUGCAAAAAGGAAAAUCACAGAUGUCCUUGUUACUCUUUGCCUCAUGAAAAAGGCUCCCUGCAAACUAUAAUCCAUGUGUGUCCUUCACAGCUAACCCUGUGAUAAACAGCAUCGAUACCAACUGAACUUUCUUGUGAUUUGUGAUGCUUGGAUUUGGACAGGCAACAACCGGACUUAACAGUGUACAAGACUUUUUUUCAGGGUAUGAUUACAGACAACAUACCUGAACUUGAGCAUAGCAGAAUUCAGUGGGUGGUGGUGGUAUUUUGAUUCUUUUUCUAAGAUUUUUUUUUUUUAAGUGCACUCUGGGCAGAAAUGAAGAGAUCCACACUGGACUUAUUUACAAGAUGGGAGCACCAGAGGCUUCAGUGUUUCCUUAUCACAAAACAAGGCAGAAUUGCCGGACUAUAGAUUAUUCCAAUGGGCAUUCUUAUUGAUCAAAACUCAACAACCAGAGUCCAGUUUUUACCUGUUACGGGGUGGUUAAACUUUUUCAUUUUCCACUUUUGAACAUAUUAUUAUAUUUUAUAAACAAAAAAAAAUAUGUAGCAUUGUUCACAAAGCAUUCAGGUUUUCAUACAACAGUUCAAAGUAGUUGUUGAUUUGCACAUGUUCUUGAUUUAUAACAGCUGGUCAAAAUGUGCAAGAAGAGGAGGUGGGGCCUGAAAUAGAAAUAAAAAAGAAAAAAAAAAAGAAUAUGGAAGUGUUGCUAUUAACCUCAGUGACAUAGGCUAUCGAUAGGAAUGAUUAAUGAAUAAAACAAAAUGAGUUAAUUUUAACAGAAAGUGCUUUUAGAGGAUUUUAAAAUCUUUAAAAUGUAUAUGGAAAAAAAAAAUCUAUUUUUAUUUCUCUUCCUAUCUGCUGUUUUUAAAAAACAGCAGCCCUCUGUGGCUUUAGUCAAGUCGUUGACUACCAACAAAUAUGUACAUCCAUUCAAUCAUUCAUUUACUUGUUUAUUAAUUAUUUCGUGAAGCCACAACAAAAGAUACGGAAAGCUUGGUCUCAUCCAUCCUGCCUCAUGUCUUACAGACCUUAAUGGACUUGUUGAGGGAUUCAAAGUUUGUGUACAUAAAUGUGACAGUUGGCAAACUUUUAUGAGGGUGUGUGUUUGUUUGACUUUACUGUAAAUUGAUUUGGAGUUUCCCCUGUUUUUUGUCCAGUUGUCUUCUCCCUAAUAACCCCCAAUAUUACAAAGAUCAUCUGCAGUGAAUGCAUGACUUGCAAGUUUUUAACCAUGACGGAACGAAAUGGAAAAUUUCUAAGUUGGUUCUCGUUUGUUGGCCCCUGUACCUUCAUCUCAAGUCCUCAUGACUUUAUUUUUUUAAUGGCAAAGAAGAAGAAGUGGGAUCUUUAUCCAGCAUCAUUAUCUAGUGCCUCCACCAGUACACCCAUUGACAUAUCAGGUUAGGCCUUUUCACGGUGUUGCUGCUACACAAAGGGACUCAAAGUGGUUAAACAAACAAACAAACAAACAAACAAACAAACAAAAUGAAAAAAAAAACAUGGGAAGAGCAGAGGGGAAAAAAAUGACUUUUCUUUGCAUGCAGAAGUCUGACAAUACACUGAUCGUUUUUCUAUUGAUGGAAGAAAAAAGUAGAAACUGGUGCUGUGGGAAUGAAGGUUAACAACUUGCAUGAAUUUGUGAAGAAAAUAAACAAUGCUGCUUUUGUUGAUUAGGUUUUUGUACCGUUUUGUUUUUCUAUGUUUGAACAACAGUGUCCUGCUAAAGUAUUUCAGAGCAAAACCAAAACAGAUGAAGUUAAGUGUGGACUCACGCUCAGCACUGAACAUUCCUGUUGUGUGACAAUGAAGAUGAUGAUGGUGAUGAUCCUAACGUGAGCGAAGAGACUCUCUCUGUCUACUCCUUGAAUGCUAGUUUUACCCCACAGUGACAUUCAAGAACCCAGGCAGUCUACAAACUGUUUAGCCACCACCUUUCUACUCAGCCUAAAUGCCAUCAGAGGCUUGCGUGGACGUAUUCUUGCAGGGAACCAACAGACAACUGAAUUCACAUAAAACGUACCUACGGGAAGCAUCCGGUCUGUCUCUUUUAUCUGUCUGUUUGUCUGAUCGACCAUCCUACCACGAUUGCACUCCCAGAGAUUGCAGUGAGAGAUUACCUUUUUGGUGAACCUCAUCUUUUUUUUAAGUGGCCUUACCUUUCACUAAAAAAAUGAGACACUUGGGGACAAUGGGGAUGGGAACGUUUUUUUUUGUUUUUGUUUUGUUUUUUUUUUUGGUGCGGGUGGGGUUUUUGAAACUUUCUGUGCGUAUCGAUGUCAGACUCGUCAUCAAGGCACCAUUUUUUUGUCACCGAGGACACUGGGCAUCUGUUGUUUAGUGCUUUUAGCUGGUGGAGUCUCUAUAAUGUCAAGGCUUCUGUGCCUUAAAAAUGUUGCCCUUGCAGUGUCAGUGUCGGAGUUCAGCUUGUUUUCGUUGGUUGUUACACAUGACUGUAGUAUUCGCUGCCACAAGAGUCGUAGAUUUUAGGGGUAAGGCUUGUUUGAGCGAAUCAGAUACUGUUCAAAAGUGGGUGUUGUUCCUCAAAUACUGUCUUUGUCCCAUUUCUUCAUUGUGUUGCCAUGCUUGUUGGUCUCUGUUCUUUGAAUCUUACAUCCUUCUUAACUCAGUCCCCCCUGCAACAAACUGAAAAAAGCUACCCAUUUGUGUAACUGAGAAAAGUUGACACCAUAGUUCUUCGGUGGCGAGAAACAGCCCAGAUUCAGAAUGAGAAAAGUCCUGUAAGGACCCCAGACUUCAUGCACUUCCUGUUUUCUUGGACACAGCAACGUUAAAGGACAAUUGAACCCCUGCCCCAACCCAAAUUUUAUUUAUUUUCUUUUUUUUUUUUUUUUUUGUAUAUGUAUGAACUAUACUCUGUGUGUGCCUCACCUCUGUGUGAUACUCAAAAGAUUAAACAAAACAAAAAAGAAGACUAAAGCAUUACAGAGAGGAUAAGAAACAGUAUGUUGUUGGAAUUCUGAUCAUGUCAUUUAAGUUGCCUGUUCUUUCUUGUAGCCAACUAUUGAAAAUAACAGGAUUCAAGAAUACAAUUUACAAUGUUCUAGCUCUAGACCGGUGUAGCACAUGUGUGACUGUAUUAAUUUAUGAAACCAAAAUGGUAACUGUGAAUUAUGUAUUUCUUUGUGCAUUCUUUCUUUUAUAAAGCGGGGAGAAGUUGUCCGGACAUAGUAGCAGCCUAUGCUCUUGUCCGUUAAAAAAAAAAAAACAAACAAACAAAA